AUGGAAAAUGGGGUUGAUAUUGUUGAUGGUUCUCUAACGGGGGAGAAGAAAAGUGUGGGAGUUGGGGUUUCUGAGGAGAGAAUAGUGGAGAGGGCUGUGGUGGACUCUGCUGAAUCGAAGGAUUUAGAAGAUGAAGAGGGUUUGGGGGAGUUCCGUGAAUGGUGGGUCUGGGGUGGAAGUGGGGACGUUGAGGUGGUUGGUGAGUUGGAUUUGGGCGUGUUUGAUGGUAAUUCAAAUGCUAGGCAUGAGGAUGAUGAGUUUGAGGAGGCGAGUGAUGUUCUAAGUGUGGAGGCGAGUGAGGUUCCAAGUGAGGUUCUAAGUGCGGAGGCACCUGUGAAUGUUCAAGAUAAGUUAAAUUUGGUGGUGAGUAGGAAGGUUGUUGAUGGAGCUGUGGCGGAUGGGGUUGUUGAGGUAGGGACUGAAAAGGAGGUGGAGACUGAUGAAUUGAAUGGGUCAAGGGAUGAGGUAGUUUGCGAUAGUGGAGAAAAUGGCGGAGAGGGUGCAUCCGAAGUUGGUUCUGGUGGAGAGAAGAAUGUGUUGAAGGGUGAUGGUGAAUUGGAUUUAAGAUCUGGUCUAGUAAUUGAAAACUCUGAAAAUAAGGAUCUUGUUAAUUUGAAUUUGGAGCAAAAUCCCGUAGAUGAAAAAUCGGAAAAUGGAGGCGAUAAGGUGGGGGGAGUUGCCAUUGAAUCCCUUCAAGAAACUGAAUCAAAUAGGGAGAUUCUUAAUGAAGAUGGUAAUGGUGAGGAGCUGAAGGAUGAUACCUUGGGUACUGAAUGUCAAGACAGCGAGAAUGGGGAUUUGAAAGAUGCUACUACUGUUAUUGCUCCAGGUUGUGAGGAUGAUUAUAGUGGCAUCACCAAUUGGAAUGGGAAAGCAAAAGAUGCCGAAGCUGAAGUUGAUUCUGGGUGUCAUGUAGAAACUUGUAAACCAAAAGAAACUUCAGCUGAUCAGCACACUCUCUUGGAAGGAAGUUCAGCAGUGUCUGAAAUUGGAAGAUCUUCUUCUGUUGAGUUGUCUGAAGCAGAGAAUUCUAAAAGAAGGGAUUUGACUGCUGAGGAUAGUGAGGGUUCUCAACUUCUGCAUGCUGAUGAAAAUGAUCAUGAAGUUUCCCACAAGCAUACUGUGGUUGAGGUGACUCCAGUGAAGGAAGAAAAUGCUGGGCAAGAUAAGCAAAGAGCUCAAGUUAAUGGAGAACCGGAGAUACAGCCAGUACCAGAGCUUGCCUCUUCAUCUGGAAGGUAUACAAAUCCAGCUCCUGCACGUCCUGCUGGCCUCGGGCGUGCUGCCCCACUACUGGAACCUGCACCCCGCGUGGUUCAGCAGCCUCGUGUGAAUGGAUCUGUUUCUCAUACGCAAACGCAACGAAUUGAGGACCCCAUUAAUGGGGAGGCUGAGGAGUAUGAUGAGACUCGUGAAAAGCUGCAGAUGAUAAGGGUGAAAUUUUUACGGCUUGCGCAUAGGCUUGGACAGACACCCCAUAAUGUUGUUGUGGCACAGGUUUUGUAUAGACUGGGGUUAGCUGAGCAGCUGCGAGGGAGAAAUGGGGGUCGUGUGGGUGCCUUUAGCUUUGACCGUGCAAGUGCAAUGGCAGAGCAGCUUGAGGCAGCAGGGCAGGAACCACUGGACUUCUCAUGCACAAUUAUGGUUCUUGGGAAGACUGGAGUUGGUAAAAGUGCAACCAUCAAUUCGAUAUUUGACGAAGUUAAGUUUGGCACUGAUGCUUUUCAACUGGGUACAAAGACGGUGCAGGAUGUUGUGGGAACGGUGCAGGUAAAGGUACGGGUCAUUGACACUCCGGGACUUCUCCCUUCCUUGUCGGACCAGCGCCAAAAUGAAAAGAUCCUCCAGUCUGUCAAGCGAUUUAUUCAGAAAACUCCUCCAGAUAUUGUAUUGUAUCUUGAUCGGUUGGACAUGCAGAGCAGGGAUCUUAGUGAUAUGCCACUCUUGCAUACCAUCACUGACAUAUUUGGACCAUCUAUAUGGUUCAAUGCAAUUGUGGUUUUGACUCAUGCAGCUUCUGCUCCACCUGAUGGCCCUAAUGGUACUGCUUCUAGUUAUGACAUGUUUGUGACCCAACGUUCUCACGUUGUCCAGCAAGCCAUUAGACAGGCAGCUGGAGAUAUGCGGCUUAUGAAUCCUGUUUCAUUAGUGGAGAACCAUUCCGCAUGCAGGACAAAUCGGGCUGGGCAGAGAGUACUGCCAAAUGGUCAGGUUUGGAAACCUCAUUUGUUACUUCUCUCGUUUGCAUCAAAGAUUCUGGCUGAAGCAAACACACUCUUAAAGUUGCAAGAUAAUACCCCUGGAAAGCCUUUUCCAAAUCGAACAAGAGCACCUCCUCUACCUUUCCUUCUCUCAUCCCUUCUUCAAUCAAGGCCACAGUUGAAGCUACCUGAGGAGCAGUUUGGUGGCGAGGAUGAUAUAGAUGAUGAUCUGGAUGAAUCUUCGGAUUCUGAUGAGGAAUCUGAAUUUGAUCAAUUGCCACCAUUUAAACGAUUGACAAAGUCCCAAGAGGCAAGGCUCUCUAAAGCUCAGAAGAAGGCAUAUUUUGAUGAGUUGGAAUAUAGAGAGAAGCUUUUUAUGAAGAAACAGUUGAAGGAAGAGAAAAAGAGACAGAAGAUGAUGAAGAAGAUGGCUUCUUCGGCAAAGGACCUGCCUAGUGACGUAAUAAGCGAGAAUGUAGAAGAAGAAAGUGGUAGUGCAGCAUCUGUGCCAAUUCCCUUGCCAGAUUAUGCCUUACCUGCUUCUUUUGAUUCUGAUAAUCCUAGUCAUCGGUAUCGCCAUCUUGAUUCAUCCAACCAGUGGCUUGUAAGGCCUGUUUUAGACACCCAUGGUUGGGAUCACGAUGUUGGCUAUGAGGGCAUUAACGUAGAAAGAUUGUUUGUGGUUAAAGACAAAGUACCUUUGUCUUUUUCUGGACAGGUUUCAAAGGAUAAGAAGGACGCCAAUGUCCAACUUGAAGUAGCCAGUUCGAUAAAGCAUGGGGAAGGGAAAGCAACUUCAUUAGGUUUUGAUAUGCAGACCGUUGGAAAGGAUUUAGCUUAUACUUUACGUAGUGAGACAAGGUUUUGCAAUUUUAGGAAGAACAAGGCAACUGCUGGUCUCUCACUUACUCUAUUGGGUGAUGCCUUAUCAGCUGGAUUGAAAGUUGAAGACAAACUGAUUGCUAAUAAACGAUUCCGGUUGGGCAUUACUGGUGGUGCGAUGGCAGCUCGUGGUGAUGUUGCUUAUGGUGGUAGUUUGGAGGCCCAGUUGAGAGAUAAGGAUCAUCCUCUUGGUCGUUCUUUAUCUACUCUUGGGCUUUCUGUCAUGGAUUGGCAUGGUGACCUUGCUAUUGGUUGUAAUGUACAGUCCCAGAUCCCUAUAGGACGGACUUCAAACUUGAUUGCUCGUGUCAAUCUGAACAACAGGGCAGGACAAGCCAGCAUUCGUUUGAAUAGCUCGGAACAGAUUCAACUAGCUUUGGUCGGCCUCAUACCUCUUCUCAGAAAACUAUAUGGUCAGCUUCAACAAUUGCAGUCUAGUUAAUGAUGAAUUAGGUUAUACUGAAAGCAGCUUCAUCUUCGUAGGAGAUAAAUUUUAAUUGGCCAUCUCUUAAUGGUCGUCAUCAGAAGUGAGUGAUACGAAGCUGCUUAUUUCAUCGUUUCUAAACCCAAAAGAAAGUACUUUUCUUGAUUAUAGUGAUUUUAGCUGCUUUGUUAGAUAUCCGCAUUUGGUGAAUUUUGUCCUCUUUAAGCUACCGGACCAAGUAUUGCGGCUUGUUCAAUUAAUGCUUUUGUUUAAAUCA